UUUGGAUCGUCUUGAAACCCAAAUUGCAAUAACCCUCUGUAAAUUAGAACAAAUUUUUCCACCUUCUUUCUUUGAUGUAAUGGUUCACUUGGCCAUUCACCUAUCUUGGGAAGCUAAAGUUGCAGGUCCAGUGCAAUACAGAUGGAUGUAUCCAGUUGAGAGGUAUUUGCGCAAGCUUAAGAAUUAUGUCCGUAAUAAGGCACACGCAGAAGGGUCUAUUGCAGAAAAGUAUUUAGCAGAUGAAUGUCUAACAUUUUGUUCUCGCUAUUUACAUGGAAUAGAAACCAAAUUUAAUCGGGUAGAGCGAAAUUAUGAUGGAGGUACUUCCGCAUGUGCAAAUACCUCUCAAUUGUCCAUAUUCUCAACACCUGGACGAUAUUUAGGGAAAGCAAUAAGGUGUGAGUUGAAUGAUGAUCUUCACAAUGCAGCAACAUUUUAUGUUCUUCAAAAUUGUGUUGACGCUGACCGAUUUGUUGAAGAACAUAAGAACAUCCUUACAAAUACAGGUGUUCUUGACAUUGACAGGGUGCAUAAACAAGAAUUUAUUGCGUGGUUCGAAAAAAGAGUAAGAUAGUAGUUUAUUUUGAAAAUGUAUGUUUGUUUAUAUUUUAAUUACUACAACUUGAGUUUAACCUUAUUUAGGUUUUAUUGUAGAUCACUGACUUAUAUAAUACAAGGCAAGUUGAUGGGCAUAUGCUUUCAUUAGCUCGGGGUCCUGAGAAAAGGGCUGUUUUUUAUCGUGGUUACAAUGUUAAUGGGUUUAGAUUUCAUACAAAUCAAUGUGAUGAAAGUAAAAGAACACAAAAUAAUGGAGUUAUGGUGAGAGGGGAGGAUCAAAGUUGCAAUGUGCCUUAUUAUGGACAACUAACAGACAUUGUUGAACUUCAAUAUACUGAAGGGAACAAAGUUGUGUUGUUUAAAUGUGACUGGUAUGAUGUAUCUCGUGAAGGAAUUGGUUAUAAGAGAGAUCGGCACGGAACCACUAUUGUUAAUACAUCACGAAAGUUGAAAACUGUAGAGCCGUUUGUAUUAGCAAGUCAAGCAACUCAAGUUUACUAUGUUGAUGGGAUAAAAGAUCCCACAUGGAAUGUUGUGAUUGAAACCAAACCACGAAACCUUUAUGAAAUGCCAUCAGAUGAAGAAGAGCCAUACCAAGAAGAAGACAAUUUACAUUGUAAUGCAAAUGUGCUGCAAGAAGAAAAUGAGGAUGAUGAUAUAGAUUGGAGAAGGAGUGGUGUUGAGAAUAUGAUAAUCGAGUGAUUUCAAAGGCUUACAACCUCAACUCCAUCACCGUAUUUGGCUUCAUCUAGAUUAGUUAUCCAUGUGCAUAAUACUAAGGAUGCUUAUUGAAAUAGAAAUUUAGUCACAGACAAGGUCAUUUGCUCAGUUAUCCCAUUCAUGUCACUAAAAAAGGAGAGGUUAAAGUGCUACCUGAGACAGAAUUCUCCCCAAACACAAAGGCUAAAGUUCUUGGAUCCAAGUCUAAAUUACUGCCUCCAAUUCUCACCACUUAAUUGCCUUGUACUGAUUUUAAAACUGGGCUUUUUUUUUUUUUUUUUAUA